UUCAAGAAACCUAAUGGAAAUGCAGGAGAUGUGAACCUUAAUUUAAGCAGAAGCACAUGCCCAUUUGCAGCUCAUCGUCAACUUAUCUUCUCCCUAACUCCAUAUACUAAUAUAUUUCCAAUUCAUUGCCCACUCCCCUAACACAAAGCUCACCAUUUCCGUUUCCCUCUUUAUAAACUGAUCAGGAAAAAGAAAAGUAAUAUACCAAUAAUCAUGGCUACAAACCCUAACAGUGUUCAAAAAAUUGUCAGCCAUGCCAAUCCAACUACCAUUUUCCGGUGGGUCCCAGUCCGCCGGAAAAUCACGUUCAGGAAGAAGCGGUUGCCGACGGUGCGGUUAGGAGAUGCGAAGAACCCUCGCCGGGGAUUCUCCGUCGUGAAGCUUUUCCGGCGAGUUCGAUUGAGGUGGCUGAAAUUGCACUACACGUGUAUGCUGAAAAAACUGAAAGAAUAUUAUCAGUCUGCGGUGAAAGAUAUAAUGGAAAGUGGCGGAGCAUUGGACGCCUUUCAGCAACGUCUACUAUUGGAAACCUCUUUCGCUGUUCCUGUAAUGGGCCUUUCCUUCAAUACUUUUCCCAAUCACCAUGGAACUUGAAAUUGCAGCACCUUAACAAAAUCUUUUUGGUAAAUAUUUACAUUUUCUAGCUAUCUUUUCAAGCUUAUUAAAUAAAGUCCCCCUCCUAUAAAUGUAAGUUUUUUUCUUUCUUUUUUUGAAAAAAUAAUUCCUCUUAUAUUGAGAAUCAUAAACACUUAAUGUGUGUUGUUGUGAAGCCAAUAUUAUACAAAGUGAUAAAAGAAACUAGAAUAUCACAGUUGGGAUUUAAAUAAAUAAUGAAAAUGACAUUGUAUAACCGCUUUUAAAAUAA